UGAAAGCUUUUUUGGGAGGUAGUUGUGAUCAGAUGACAAAGAUGGAGCUUGUCAAACAGAAGGGAGAGCAGCAUUUUUGGACAGCUCUGGCUUUGAUGGGUGACUAGUUAUAGCUGUGCACGCAAAUCUAAAGCGUGGUAAAUAGACUUUGAAAACGUACAAGCUUCUAAAAACAGUCCGCUAGCAAGCUAAGCUAAGCUAACACUCAACAGCGCUACAGAGGAGAAAAGCGGCGGAAAAACACUCUGAGGUUAUGAACUAUCCCGCCUUUAAAAUGCGACCAAUUCUAAAUAUCGUGACAAUACGAUAUACAUGCGCUGCUACUUUUAGCCGCCACAGCGAUUUAAAACCCGUGGAGACGUUUCCUUUUACCGAUUUCCGGUACGUUUUUGCCUGCCUGCCACGAUACAAGCCAAAUUAGAAAACAAACACAGCGCCAUCUUGUGUUUAGGAGGACUCAUUGAUCUACUGAAGGACCGGUUAAUUUAAAGAAAAAUGAACCAGUAUUUUAGAACUUAAAAAUUAUAAUACUGCACUAUUUUCUGUCAGAACAGCCCUAAACAAACUUCCUGUGUCAUACCAGAGCCCUUAAGUAAGGUUUUUCACGAUGAAUGUGUCUCAGACGAUGGAGACAGAGGAGGACCUCCUGACUUGCCUCCAAAUCAAGUUUUACCAUCCUCAGCAGAGCUGUAAGGGCUUUUAUGGUCGGCUUCCUCUGGGGACCAGAAGAAGACACACUGCCGACGACCCUCUCAGGCUGGGCCGUGACACCGAAGCAUGUGCCUACGUCCUGCUUGAUCCCCGGGUGUCCCGUAAGCAGCUGGCACUCUACGCCUACCACAUUCCCCAGAGCUCAGAGAUGCUGUUUACCAUCCAGAAUCUGAGCCAGAGGGGGAAACUGUCAGUGAACACCUCAGCGCUGGGCUACCUGGAGAGGAUGGAUCUGCCAGACAAAGCUCUGAUCCGGUUCGGAGAGUAUGAGAUCCUGAUCAUCCGCGAGUCUGGUGAGGCCAAGGCCAACUUUGAGGUAGAGUUUGAGGUGCUGGCAGCACCUCCUUCCAGAGAGACACCCAUGAGCACAGACUCAAAUAUGAUGAACAACUUCUCAGCUGAGCUCAGCGUACGCAACCCUCUAGAGAGUGAUGAGAUGCACUAUCCUUACUGACAUGUAUUCUGUUUAUGUUAAUGACUUAGUGAACUUAGGGGCAAAUUGCUGUGGUGUUGUUACAUUAGAGUUCGAGCUGGCUGAGACAAAUUGUACCCUGUAGAUAUUAAAAAACUCUGAUCAUAAUAUGAUUACAGCUACAUUUAAAGUGUUUUAAAAUGCAAAUGUUUUAGAACCUUAAAGCUACUUGUUUCUAUAUUUUCAGUGUAAGAAAUUAAACUGUUUU